AUGUUCAAUGCAAGACCAGAGAGUUCCAAUGAGACCAUGGAAGGGUGCAAGGGAGUAUUGGAACCAGAAGGGAUAGCCACCAAAAGGUCCAUGGAAGUAACCUUAGGGAAAGGUGUGGUCUGUGUAACUGGUGGAACAGGAUUUGUUGCUUCAUGGUUGAUUACGAGGCUCCUUGAACAAGGUUACACUGUUCGAGCCACUGUAAGAUCUUACCCAGGGUCAGAAGGUAACAGGGACAUCAGCUACCUCACAGACCUUCCAGAAGCAAAAGAGAAACUCGAAAUUUUUAAUGCAGAUCUUGACAAACCAGAGAGUUUCAAUGAGGCCAUUAAAGGAUGCACAGGAGUCUUUCAUCUCGCUCAUCCAGCUAAUUACACGAACAAAGAACCAGAAGAAACUGUCAUCAAAAGAUCCGUGGAAGGAACCUUAGGCAUUUUGAAGGCGUGCCUAAACUCGAAGACUGUGAAGAGAGUUGUGUACACUUCAAGCAUAUCAACAGUUUUGUACAGUGGAAAAGAUCAACAAGUGUUGGAUGAGAGUGCAUGGACAGACAUAGAUUACUUUAGAAGUUUAAAUGCUGUUGGCAAUUCUUCACCGAUUGUCAAGACAAAGACAGAAAGGGCAGCUCUGGAAUUUGCUGAACUACAUGGAUUGGAUCUAGUGACUUUGAUUCCUUCUCUGGCAACAGGGAUCACUAUCGAUUUCUUGCCAGGUCGAAUAUGGUACACGUAG